AUGAUUUUUUCAGUGGUUGAGCUGUAUCGACCACCUCUUCCUUUCCCAUCUCGUGCAAAGGUAAAUCUGGUGAAACAAGGAAACAUAGAAUUCAUGAAGCAUAAAGAACUUAAAGAACAAUUGGAAAAGGAAGUGAAUUAUUCGAAACCUCUAAUGUCAAUGCAAAUGAUUUUCAAGGUGUUUGCUUUUACAAGACCACCAAUUCAAGUCACAAAGACAGUUGAAGAAAAAGAGGAAAAGAAUGACAAGCCUCAUUUUGACAAGAAAAACCCAAAAAGAUAUAAUACAAAAGCUAGAGACACAGGAAUGAAGAAAGAACCCAAGAGGAUGAAUAUUGAAGAUGUCAACCCAAAAAUGCUAGAAAGUUUGAUAAAGGCAUUCAAUAGACAGGUUGGAUACAAACGAGCAAGGUUCAAGAUGAUGGAGAAUAGGGAGGUUACACUUCCACCUGACGCAACAUAG